CAGAGCUAUUUUUGGAAUGACCAGUUAAUCACUUUGCUCUAGCCUGCCUCUAUAAAGCCUAGAUUCACACAGCGGUCCACUCAAACUGAGCUGCACACACUCGACAUCACUCCGUUUAUCUCUGUGUUCAAGACCUUCGAUUCAGCAGCAAAGAAUGAAACGCAGGUUGUUGUCACUGCCUCUCUUGCCCACCAUUACCGAGACACUGGAGGACUUGCCUGCUCACCCUGUUGCCACACAGCCUGUCCAGGGCUCUCCGUCUUUGGAGGACUACAUGACAAGCAUCCAGGCCCUUGCAUGCCCUGCUGAGGCCCCUAACUGUGGCCCUGUCAGACUCCAGAGGUCUCCCCGGUUGCGUCAGCUGUCAAAGGGCCAGAUGAAGCUCUCUGUCUCGGUCUCAGUCGCCCGUGCGACCCCUCGCACACUAAGGACUUCCAGACCCGCAAGUCUCACCACAAACAGCACAGAGGAUUUUCCCUCAAGGAUGAGCAGAGAAAGAGACUGCAGGGGAAAAGACCCUGUGGACUGGCUGUUUGGACAGAUAAGGACUUGAAAAAAACACACUGUUGUUGUGGGACACUCUGUGGAUACUUUGGUGGCGUAAGACUGGAGGAACCUCAGAAGGAAACACUGUGUGUGUUGCUGAAUAAAGACAGUUUUAAUAUGUAGUCAAGAGAACAAUGAAGAGCUGCAGUAUUUAUUUCUAUGAAAAAAACUCAGGAUUUUAUGUUUACAUUGUUUAUUUUUUCAUUUUUUUAGAUACCGACUUUCAAAUAAAUGACUAAAAUACCAGAAAUAGGUACCCGGUGUUUUUUAUAUUUCUGUAGUGAAGACAUUCUUUUUGGGGGGCUUUAGAAACUUACAUCUGAAG